AUGGGUACUCCACUUGUUGGUACCGCUAUUAUCACCGGCGCGAAUGGAUUGCUCGGGUCGGAGAUAGCUGUCUCGAUUGCCAAAGCGCAGCCUUUUGUUCACUUGCUGCUAGUGGCCCGCGAUAUCAGAUCCGACAGCGUCAAGGAUGUGACGGACAGGAUCCGUCUCAUUGGACCCCGCUCCGUCGAGGUGGUUAAGGCAGACCUGGCCUGCUUUAACUCCGUCGUGAGCUUUUCCCAAUACACCGUCGAGAGGGUGCGAAGUAAAGAGAUCCCUCCCGUGAUCUUGUUGAUCAACUCCGCCGCAACUUCGUCAUACGUUACCGAUCAAGUCACACGAGAUGGGUACGAUCCCGUCUACCAGACCAACUGCAUCGCGCCGUUCCUGUUGACCGUGAGCCUGCUCGAGGCCUUCCGCGCAGGCGACGGUACACCGAACGGUGGUGCUCGAGUAAUCAAUAUCGGGUGCUCUUCCAUAUCCAAGGGAUCCCUGGACUAUUUUGACGGCGAAGACCCGGAGAGUGUCACCCAGCCGCCAGGAACACCAAUUGGCGCCAAGGAAGCGACCAGUCGCUUCGGAAGUAGUAAGUUGCUAAUGAGCGCUGCCAUGUAUGCCCUGCGUCGAAGUCUGGUACUUACGGGCAACAUCUCGCUCAAUGUAUACACAAUGGAUCCCGGCGGUUUGACCGGAGAGAGCCACCUAACGACCGAUGCCCCGUUAUCGGUCCGAAUGGCACACCAGACGCGGUCUGGACUCCGGCCAUUCCUGCGGGUGUUUUCCAAGAGUGCGAUAAACAAGGCUAGCGUUCCAGCCAAAGUUAUUGCGAGAGUCGCAUUUCAGAAGGAGACGGUGGAGAACUGGGGAAGGGAACGAUAUUAUAUCUUGGAUAGCGAAUACGAGGCCGCAUCCGUCAUUCCGGCCUUGCGGGAUGUGCCGCGCAUGGAUGGGCUGCUGCAGAAGAUCAUGCGACAGAUCGAGAUAGGCGUCAAGGGCAUGGGCUCGCCUCAAUCAAGAGUAUCGCGGCUGACUGCGCGUUAG